UCUCCAAUUUCUUGCGCAGCCACAAUUCCGAAUUCCGAACGCUGCGGAAGUAGAUCGUAUCUCGUGAUGACGCUUCAUUCCACUAACUCUCACCAUUAUAUUGGGAAAAUAAUUCAGCAAAAUAUACGAAAUGGUAAAUGUAAGGCAAGCGAAUGAAGAUAAUUCAAUGGAGAAUGACGAUUCUCUAUAUAUUGCUUCGAAAUGUUGGAAACGCGUCAUGGAUGCUGCUGCCAAGACCGGAUAUAGAGAAGGAAUACAAGAUGGAGCAGAUUCUGUGCUCCAACAUGGAUUUGAUAUAGGUUAUAAGGAUGGCUUUGAGACAGCUUUCACGUUGGGAAGAUACAAGAGUCUAGUUACUGCUCUAUCACCAACUACGAAGCAUCCUGACGAUGUGACUGCUGUCUUUGACCAAACUAGACGAGGAGCAUGUUGGAUAUGCAGCGUCGAAUCGCGGAAUGAAGCCAAACCGAGUUACCAACACGUUCCGUUCUCUGAAAUUUUAAAUCAACAGAGAACGCACUCUGUGCAAGUAAUAGAAAGAUUACGUGAAUAUAGGGAAGCUAUUUUGCAAAAAGCGGGUAUUCGAAUCGAUCGACGUCUAAAUUAGGUAUAUUUAAUUUAUAAUAUCUCUGACAACUAAACAUGUGAUCGAGUUACAAAGUAGAAGGAUAAUAAAAUUAAGUAAAUUAAGCUUUCAAGUAGAUAUGUAUCGUUAUAAAAAUGUAAUACAAUUUUCCUGUAGAAAUUUUUAUUGACAUGCUUCGAUAAUUCUGUGAUUUAAUCGUACAGAGAGUAUCGAUGACGAAUUUCUUUAUAAAUAUAAUCCUUCGGGAGAGCCUUCUUUCUUUCGAUAUAAUACGCUCUCCUUGGACUUUUUAAAGUCGUCGCUGGUAACUUUCAUGCGUCGUUCGCGCAGAGCCAUUAAACCAGCCUCGGUGCAUAUUGCCUGAAAUAUGAGACGUUUAAAGGAAUCUAAAGAUCGAAAGUAACGAGAGAGAGAGAGAGAGAGAGAUAUAUAUAUACAUCGUGUAUAGAGAUAUGUAUGUACGGCACAUGCGAGUAAAUUUAUAUCUUCGGGAA